UAGUAUGGAGGCUGUGACGGGAUAUGAUGCUAUGGAUAGUAUGAUCCCACCCCUCCUGUUUAUGAAGAAUAUGUGGAGCCCCCACCCCCAGACUUCACUGCACAAAUGCCGAUGGUGAAAGAUGAAGAAGCGAGAGAGGCUCUUGUGUCCCAUGCUGCAGAGAACUGUUGCUGGGGUACAAAGGCGGCAAAGGAACUGAAUUUCUCCAAUAUCGACCACUCUGCAGCAUUUCAUUACGUUUUGGAAACUUUCUCUGAAAGCAGGAAAACUAACUGGGCUUCAGAACCCUAUGUUGGUCAGUCGAUUGAUAGUCCAUACAAUGGACCAGCUCCAGUACCAUGGAGUAUUACUGUUCAGAACCCUCCAAUGUUUCAGGAUACUGUAAUCUAUCAGGAGGUGCCACACACAGCUACAGUGAAACCCUGUCAUGAUUGCCGAGCCACUGGAUAUCGUCGCUGUCAUAACUGUUAUGGCAGAGGAACGACUCGAUGUAAUUAUUGUGACGGACGUGGUCGGCGUGCUGUGAGUCGAUAUGAUGGAGAUCGUCACUAUACGGAUUAUGAACACUGCUCAUGGUGUGGUGGCGACGGACGGAGAAGAUGCUCGAGAUGUAGUGGUACAGGACGCAUAGUAUGUAUUACCUGCAACGCAAAUGGACAACUCAAAUGUUACAUACGACUUACAGUUGAGUGGAAAAAUCACGUUGAAGAUCACAUCGUGGAGCGUACGAACCUUCCUGAUGAGUUAGUCCGUGGAGUCUCCGGUGAGCAGGUGUUCCAAGAAGAACAUCCGAAGGUGUGGCCGAUUAAAGGAUUUCCAAUCAACGAUGUUAACACAGGUUCUAGCAUGCUGGUUCAGCGUCAUACGUUAGCGUACAACCGAGAGAGACUUCAUAUGCAGCGUCAUCAGAUUCGAGUUAUACCUGUAGCUGAGGCUAAGUGUACCUUCAAAGAUGAAACUUUCACCUACUUCGUGUAUGGCUUUGAGCGGAAAGUCCAUGCACCAGAGUACCCUCAGCAAUGCUGCUGGGGAUGUAGCAUCUUGUAAAGAAAAACACUGUGAAAAAGAGGUUUCAAUUAGUGAAUGAAUAGUACAACAGUCAAACUGUCUAAGUAGCCACCUCUGCAUAAAGACCAAGGCCCAUAUUCUGAAGUCAGGUUUAGUUAAACCCGGGUUUAAGUCUAGUCUAAACUUAAACCCAGGUUUAAAGUUAAGUUAAGGUUUAACUAUGGAAAUGUAGUCUGCUUCUACUGCACAUGCUCAGUACAGCUCACCCAUCUCCCAGGUGUUUACAAUGUCAAUGUAUUUUGUCGCCUUCGAGAAAGAUACGUGUGUAGUAUUAUGUAGAACCUGUCUAGAAAGGCGACCUGUAUACAAUGACCACUUUUUAUGUUUCCCUUGGGUAGCCUCAAUAGACAGGGUCUGGCCUUAUCAGUUUAUGCUGAAUGCUGAAAAUAAAUUAACAUAAUAGAGCUCUGAUACAACAAAAUACCUGAUAUAACAAUCUAAGGUACAAUUAUUGUCAUGCAUGCUGGAAAACAAUGUAUCUUGAAAUUUGGGUCAUAAAUGAUCGAAUUCAAUGAAAUAAAUGAAUGAAAUUGGCAUACCUGAUAUAACAAGUUAAGGUACAAUGAUUGUCAUGCUUAAAUACAAUGUAUCUUGAAAAUUAAUUCGGUCAUAAAUGAUCGAACUCAAUGAAAUGAUUGAAUCAAAUUGGCAUGGUCCUAAUGUCCUUGUUGUAUAUAACGAGUUUCAACGGUACAUGUUUGUAAUUGUGAAAGACCGGUACAAGCCUUCUCUGUACUAUUGCCAAGCGAUAUCGAGUGUUUAGAUAUAAUAUGUUCCUGGCUUGAUGACAAUCGUUGUCAAAAUUAAAUCUUAAUUUGUAUAACCAUUUUCAACUCCAUUUGUCCUAAAUUGUUGAAACUCAGUUGUUAUUUUGAUUUGAAUGUUGCAUGUCUUCCUUCCAAGCAAUCUUUUAUGAAACCGUCCUACUAUUUAUUGCUAAAUUAUGAAUAUUACAUCAUUAUCAUUAUUUUUACAUUUAUAUUUAUUAUUUUAUAUGCUCUGAGCUUCUUAUGUAAAUAAUCUAUCUGAGUCUAUUCCAUUUCUUUUAUUAUUGUGCAUAUCAUGAUAUUCAUCUUCCGUCCAGCCGAGUGUCUUUCAGAAUGAUUUUGGCAAAUUGAUUCUAUAUUUUCUUUUGUAUUUUUAUAAAAUAUGUGUAAA